AUGGGCCUCGAAGACGGCAAGGACUACGAAGCGGUCGCGACGCCGAUUGACAAGGGCCUCGACGACGAGCCCGCCGUCGACAAGCAUAUCGAAGGCUGCUCGAUCCCGUUCAUGAUUCUCCUCUGCGCGCCCAAGAUGGCCAUGAACAUGGCCUGGGCCGCGCAAUGGGCCGCCCUCGGCCCCGUGCUCCAGAUCCUCCUCGACUCGUCGUGGGUCCAGGUCGUCCAGCUUGUCGGGCCUACCUCCGGUCUCCUCGUCGCGCCGACGAUCGGUGUCCUCUCGGACGCGUGCACGUCCAAGUACGGUCGUCGCCGCCCGCGCUCGGCGACACCAACACAACCAUGA